AUGCAGGAACUGCUGCUGGACUGGCGGGUGGCGGUGGCCGUGGCGGUGAUUGCUGUCGCCGUGGCGGCGGCGGCGCGCGCGCGCCGCAGCCGCAGCAGCAGCAGCAGCAGCAGCAGCAGCAGCAGCAGCAGCAGCGGCGCGCUGCAGCCGUUUCUCGACAAAACCCGCAAAAAAGCCACUCUUUUGCAAAAGUCUUUCAUUUCCGGAGACACAAUUCGCUUUGUCUUCGCGCUGGCGCAUCCGCAGCAGCCGCUGGGCCUCCCCGUCGGCCACCACCUCAAGGUCUUCGCGCCCAACGCCCAGGGGCAG